AUGAAUAAAUUUUUAUUGAUUACUCUAUUGUUAUUAUGUAUCUCUGCAAGAAGAUUCCAUAAACAAGAUGAAGGAAAUGGAUCAGGAUAAAAUGGUGAAGAUGAAUAACCAUAAAGCUCAAACGGAGAAGAUUCAUAAGGCGGAGAAGACAGCAGUUAACCAUAAGAUGAUUGGCCCACUGGAGAGGAUGAUGGAGUGGAUAAAUGGUCAAGUGAUGGAGAGGAAAAUGGUGAAGAAGGAGAAUAGAGUGAAGGAAGUGAAGGAGAAGGAAGUGAAGAAGGAAGCGAAGGAGAAGGAAGUGAAGGAGAAGGAAGUGAAGAAGGAAGUGAAGAAGGAAGCGAAGGAGAAGGCCAAGGAGAAAGCGAAGGUGAAAGCUAAGGUGAAGGAGAAAGCGAAGGCGAAGGUGAAGGUGAAGACGAAGGCGAAGGUGAAGGCGAAGGUGAAGGCGAAGGCGAAGGCGAAGGCGAAGGCGAAGGCGAAGGCGAAGGCGAAGGCGAAGGCGAAGGCGAAGGCGAAGGCGAAGGCGAAGGUGAAGGCGAAGGUGAAAGCUAAGGAGAAGAUGAAGGCUAAGGAGAAGAUGAAGGCGAAGGUGAAGGAGAAGGUGAAAGCUAAGGAGAAGAUGAAGGCUAAGGAGAAGGUGAAAGCUAAGGAGAAGAUGAAGGCUAAGGUGAAGGAGAAGAUGAAGGCGAAGGUGAAGGAGAAGGUGAAAGCUAAGGAGAAGAUGAAGGCUAAGGAGAAGAUGAAGGCUAAGGAGAAGAUGACGGCUAAGGAGAAGAUGACGGCUAAGGAGAAGAUGAAGGCUAAGGUGAAGGUGAAGGCGACAACGGAGAUAACGGAGAUAACGGAGACAACGGAGACAACGGAGAUAAUGGAGAUAACGGUGACAAUGGUGAUGAAAAUAGAAAGGAAAAAAGAGCUCACAAGAAAUAAAAUUUACAUUUCAGAGGAAGAAAUUGAAUCAAUAACAUUUGAUUAUAAGAUUUUCUAACAGUAAAUUUAAAAUCAAAAUUUAUUUUU